UACCGUACACGUGUCAUCCCUCAGUUCUCUUCUUCUAUAAAUACCCAAAACCCCCCUUCGCAAAACAAACCCUAUUUCUCUUUUCUUAAAACACGUUCCUCGAACUAAUUUACACCCAGAGAAACCCUAGAUCCGCAGAUCGGUCCUUAUCCAGGUUUUGAGGAUGGUGUCCGACGCCAGCAAGAAGAAGGCCGCACAAAAGAAGGCGGCGGCGGCGGCCAAGAGGGGUGGAAAGGCAGCUGCAUCGUCUAAAGCUGCUGCUUCGGCUGAUAAUGGAAGUGUCGACAAGUUGUCGAGUGGAGUUGGGGCUAUUCAGAUAUCGGAUCGGACUUGUACUGGCGUGCUAUGUUCUCAUCCUCUUUCCAGAGAUAUUCGCAUUGAGUCUUUAUCAGUUACUUUCCAUGGACAUGACCUCAUUGUGGAUUCUUUGCUUGAGCUUAACUAUGGCAGGCGAUAUGGAUUGCUGGGAUUAAAUGGAUGUGGGAAAUCAACACUCUUGACUGCAAUAGGUUGCCGUGAGCUUCCAAUUCCAGACCACAUGGAUAUAUAUCACCUCUCAAGAGAAAUUGAAGCUUCUGACAUGUCUGCACUUCAGGCUGUCAUUAGCUGUGAUGAGGAGAGGUUGAAACUGGAGAAGGAAGCUGAAAUUUUAUCUGCACAGGAUGAUGGAGGUGGAGAGACUCUUGAACGUAUAUAUGAACGUUUGGAGGCUAUAGAUGCAUCUACUGCGGAAAAACGUGCUGCUGAGAUAUUGUAUGGUCUGGGUUUCAACAAGCAGAUGCAGGCAAAGAAAACCCAGGAUUUUUCCGGUGGCUGGAGGAUGAGGAUUGCAUUGGCACGGGCUCUUUUCAUGAACCCUACAAUCCUUUUGCUUGAUGAACCUACCAAUCAUCUUGAUUUAGAAGCUUGUGUCUGGUUGGAGGAGACUUUGAAGAGAUUUGAUCGCAUUCUAGUUGUGGUGUCUCACUCCCAGGAUUUCUUGAAUGGUGUUUGCACAAAUAUUAUACACAUGCAGAGCAAGAAAUUGAAGAUCUACACUGGGAACUAUGAUCAAUAUGUUCAGACCCGAUCUGAACUGGAGGAGAAUCAGAUGAAACAGUACAAGUGGGAGCAGGAGCAGAUUGCUUCAAUGAAGGAGUACAUUGCUAGAUUUGGACAUGGUUCAGCAAAAUUAGCCCGUCAAGCACAGAGCAAGGAGAAAACACUUGCAAAAAUGGAGCGAGGGGGGCUCACAGAGAAGGUUGUCAGAGACAAGGUUCUGGUCUUUCGAUUUGUUGAUGUUGGGAAGCUGCCACCACCUGUGCUUCAGUUUGUGGAAGUUAAAUUUGGAUAUACUCCUGAUAAUCUCAUCUACAGGAACCUUGACUUUGGGGUAGAUCUGGACUCUAGGAUUGCUCUGGUUGGGCCAAAUGGUGCUGGGAAGAGCACAUUACUGAAACUUAUGACUGGAGAUUUGGCCCCUAGUGAUGGCAUGGUUCGGCGGCACAAUCACUUGAGAAUUGCGCAAUUUCAUCAGCAUUUGGCCGAGAAACUUGACUUAGAUAUGUCUGCCUUACAAUAUAUGAUAAAAGAAUAUCCUGGGAAUGAGGAAGAAAGAAUGAGAGCAGCAAUUGGGAAGUUUGGGUUGACUGGCAAAGCGCAGGUGAUGCCGAUGAAGAAUUUGUCUGAUGGGCAGAGGAGCCGCGUGAUUUUUGCAUGGUUAGCUUAUAGGCAGCCGCAGCUGCUGCUGUUGGAUGAGCCAACAAACCAUUUGGAUAUUGAGACCAUUGACUCUCUGGCCGAGGCAUUAAAUGAAUGGGAUGGUGGUCUGGUUCUCGUCAGCCAUGAUUUUAGGCUUAUAAAUCAGGUGGCGGAGGAGAUAUGGGUGUGUGAAAAUCAAGCUGUUACCCGAUGGGAGGGUGAUAUCAUGGACUUCAAAGAGCACCUCAAGAAGAAGGCUGGCUUAUCUGAUUGAGAGGAAUGAUGAGAUUGCUGUGAUAAUCAUUAUCGUAUUAUCAGCAUGCCUUUUUGUCUAUGGUUGAUAAUCACAGCACACGGCUACUUACAGUUGUGGAUCACGACAUAGGCAGGUAAUUCUUGUGACUGAAUGAUGUUGGCAUUGGGUUGAUUAUGAUGAAAGCUAAGGGCAGAGAUGUGUGACAAUGGCUUGGUUAUUAUUUUGAGCUGAAAAGUACACUGUAUUCUGCUCAGAUAGUAGGUGAUUAUUUUUUGUUUUUGAUUUAUUUAUAUAUUUAGUAUACUUGGUUGUGCACCAAGGAGAUGGACAAUAUUUCUGGAAGGCUCACAGUUCACCACUGCUAUGAACCUCUCACUAGUUAAUACUGCUGGGUUAUGAUGGAAUAUACAUUGUACUUGAGAUUAUCUAAAUUUUGUCUACUACGUUUGCUUCUUA